UUCAACAACGCUGUCAAUUUGAGGGCGGCUCCGGCCGCCAUAUAACUGCGGCCGUUGAAGCCAAACCACCAAAAUCUCUUAUAAAAGAGAACCCCUUUCUUAAUUCAUCAUAAAUCUCAAGCGUUGAAGUUUCUUGCACUUAACAUCUCUCUUUCACCAUUGCCAUAAGCAACAUUCUUAUUUUUGCUUUUUUAAAGAAAAAAUAUCAAAUUUUUAAGGACCCCUCCGAUUUAUUUCCUCGUCCCUUCGACCUCGCAUCCGAAUCCAAGCAAAAAAAGGCGAAAAGGGAAAAUUUCACGAAAGCCCACAAAAACUUGAGUGGAAAAGAAGCCAAAAGGAGAAGGAAAAAACAACAGAAAUCUUUUUUCCUUUUUCCUGUUCUUCCCUUUUGUCCUCUGCUGGGUUUGGAGCUGAAGGCUAUGUUUGGAUGUUGAAUACACUUGGCGAUGUCGCAAAGGGGUUACUACGUGGUGGGGGAUUAUGUGGUGGGGAAGCAGAUUGGUGCGGGCUCCUUCUCGACGGUGUGGCACGCGCGCCACCGCGUCCACGGCACCGAAGUCGCCAUCAAAGAGAUUGUCACGUCUCGAUUGAACCCCAAAUUGCAGGAGAGCUUGAAGUCGGAGAUUUUCAUCCUUAAGAAAAUCAAUCACCCCAACAUCAUCCGUUUGCACGACAUGAUCGAGGAACCAGGAAAGAUGUACAUUGUUUUGGAGUAUUGCAGAGGGGGGGACCUUUCGAUGCAUCUUCAACGACUCCAAGGAGGAAUCCCUGAGGCAACUGCAAAGCACUUUAUGCAGCAACUAGCCGAGGGCCUCAAAGUUCUCCGUGAAAACAAUCUUAUACACCGGGACUUAAAGCCUCAGAAUCUCCUCCUUUCUUCUAACGGUGACAACAGCAUCCUGAAGAUUGCUGAUUUCGGCUUCGCAAGAUCUCUACAACCUUUAGGCCUUGCAGAAACUUUAUGUGGUUCACCGUUGUACAUGGCUCCCGAAAUAAUGCAGCUCCAGAGAUAUGAUGCUAAGGCAGAUCUCUGGAGUGUUGGUGCCAUUCUAUUCCAACUUGUAACAGGGAAAACUCCGUUUACAGGAGUUAACCAGAUACAGCUGCUCCAGAACAUCAUUAAAGCAACUGAUUUGAAGUUCCCACCCGAGGCUAAGGAUUUGAGUCCUCACUGCAUGGAUUUGUGUAGAAAAUUGCUGCGGCGCAAUCCAGUGGAGCGGUUGACAUUUGAGGAGUUUUUUAACCAUCCUUAUCUGUCUCAAAAACAGCCUAAUGAAUCCUUCAGAAACAAGCCAUCAGAAAGAGUGUUAGAUGGUUUACCUCUUCAGGGGAAUACAGAUGAAUGCUUUGAUGAAGAUUGUUUACCUGAAGGUAAUACAGCCCAAAGUUCGCACGAAGAUUGUUUACCGUUUAGUCUAGAUGAAGAAUCCAGUGACACUAUUGGCAGUCCAUCUUACCCGGAAACACCCACCAAAAAAUCUACGUACGGAUUUUGUCCUGGUCCUCCUCAUAAAGCAGAAGUUACAGGGUCCAGAAUCGGCAUCCAUCAAGGAAACCUCAAGGGGUCUCUUAAAACCACUGACCUUGAUUUAAUACUAGAUAAUCGUCCAAAAAAAGUCGAUCCAGUGGAUUCCAUCGACCAAGAUUAUGUGCUCGUCCCUGGUUCUCCAAUGAAAAUACCGUCUGUAGGACAUGCUUUCAAGGCUAGUUAUUUUCAGUCUAAAUGUGGAAGUGCACAUCCUUUUCCUGGAAAUGUGUCCAGUGCUCCUUUGCCGAUUAUUGAGGGACGAACUGGUAGAGUUGAUCGCACACGAGUUAUAGAAAGUCGGCUAUCUGCUCCGGAGAUUUCACAUGGAUCAGUGAAUAAUGUAGUUAAUUUAAAGCUGCCAUCAACUGAUUACAUGACACGGAUCAGUUCAUUGCAGCGCUUUGCGGCUGCCAUCACUGAGUUAGUAAAUGACAAGGGAAGAAUGCAGCUAGAAGCCUUUUCAGUGCAGCUUGUAAUUCUUGCUAUAUGGAAGCAAGCCUUGCAUAUUUGUCACACUCAUGCAGCUUCAGCUAUGGAAGGAAGUCCAAGCCGUGAUGAUACAAGAUCCAGAGAAGUCUCUCAAGCUGAGCGUAAUCCAUCUGGCGAAGAGUUUCUUGACAUCGCUAAUAGGCAGGGGCCACUAGACAUCAGUAAACAGAUAGAGAGAGUGUUUCUUCAAGAAGUCGAGCAUGCUGAGGAACUUGCUAAAGCAAUAGAGCCUGGAAACAAGGAGAUCCCAGAUGCAAUGGAAUUGAUAUAUCAGUCUGCUCUAGCGUUGGGGAGACACGGAGCAGUAGAUGAAUACCUGGGUGAUACUGAAAGUGCUGUGGUUUCCUACUCAAAAGCCGUUCGCUUGUUCCGUUUUCUUCUAGUGGAAGCGCCAUGUCUCAUUUUGAAUCCUCCGUUUUCCCUCACCAACUCAGACCGAUACCGUAUCGAGAAUUACAUUAAUGCAAUCAAGAACAGGCAGAACGUUUCAAGGUCUCAAAGAAUGGCUAUGUUGAAGGGCGACCAUCAUCCUAGCCCUUCUUGAAACUGGUGCUCAUACAUUAUUUUCAAUUCUUUAUUUUUUUGUUUCUUUUCCACCUCUUGUAUAAUAUUGAAUUGUCAUAGGUGGAGUGAUGCCAAAUCCCUAGCAACAUGAAAAACAUGCCUGUAAAUAUAUUCACAUGAUCUCGACACAAUUCUGGAAAUCCAAAUUUGUACAGUUGUUGAAA